CAAACAUGGAUAUGUCUGGAGGAAAUGGCCUCAACAUGAGGCCGUUUUUAAGCGGAUAUCCAUUUCAAGGCCAAGGCCGAGUCAAUCAGCUCGGGGGUGUCUUCAUCAAUGGCCGCCCGCUGCCCAACCACAUCCGGCUGAAAAUCGUCGAAAUGGCAGCCGCCAACGUGCGGCCGUGCGUGAUCUCCCGCCAGCUGCGGGUUUCCCAUGGCUGUGUGUCGAAGAUUCUGAACCGCUACCAGGAAACCGGUUCGAUACGGCCCGGCGUAAUCGGCGGCUCGAAACCGAAGGUGGCCACACCGGAAGUGGAAACGCGCAUCGAGGAGAUCAAGAAGAUGAAUCCUGGCAUCUUCAGCUGGGAGAUACGGGAGAAGCUAAUUAAGACCGAUCCGAGCGCGGGCUAUUGCAGCGCAGACGGCGGCCUCCACAGACAGCCAGGCGCAGAGUACCGAAGUCGAGAGGAAGGCGUUUCGGAUCCCCCGAGUGUUUCGUCCAUCAGCCGGUUACUGCGUGGUGGCGGUGGCGUUCCAGGUGACGGCCGGAAGGACGACGACGGACGGAAAGAUUACAGCAUCCACGGGAUUCUGGGAGGUCGCGGUUCCGACACGAGCGACACCGAAUCCGAACCAGGCAUCCUACUGAAGCGCAAACAGCGCCGAUCUCGAACGACGUUCACCGGUGAGCAGCUGGAAGCGCUGGAGAAGGCAUACCAACGAACACACUACCCGGAUGUGUACACCCGGGAGGAGCUGGCCUCCAACACGGGCCUGACCGAAGCCCGGAUUCAGGUUUGGUUCAGCAAUCGGCGUGCCCGGGAGAGGAAACACGCCGGUUCGCAAAUGUCCACCCCAAUGAGUUCGCUCGGUUCGCUUCCAAUGUCCCAAUACCAUCCGGGUGUUCCGACGCAGGAAUCGUACCAGAUGGCCGCGGCAGCGAAUUACGACUUUGUUAGCCAGAAUCCGGCGUCCUUUACGAGCGGUUUUCAGCAUGGGCACUUUGGCGGGCAGAAUUUUGGGCCGAAUGCAAUAAGCUUCCACCAGAAUAGUCAAGAUUUCAUCCCCCACGAGUACACCAAGAUGAUGCACGAAGAGUACAUUAAACCGGCACACGAGAAUUCGUCCUCGAUAAAGAUGAGUCCUACGGCUGCACACGGUGGCAGCACCUCCCUAGGCGAUAGCUAUGCGGCUAAGCUGGCCACAGCCGCGGCCAAUAUUGGACCACAGGAGACCUCCUGGAGUCAGUCCUAUCCACCGCAUCCGGGGCAGAGCUAUGGUGCCAAUUUGGUCAGCGGUUGUACUCCAUCGGCACCGUCGGCCGUCCCGACCGCGGAAUACCACCAGAUGCAGCAAGCGUACAGCAACAACAGUCUGGCGGCGGCCAAGUACUGGUCAUGAGAGACGUUUUUGCGGCCAGAGAUAAGUUGUACUAGUUGAGCAAUCGUUUCGAAAGUUUCCUAUAUUAGUUUAGUGAAAUUCAUCAGUGAUUUAGCCAAAGUGUUGGAAGGUAUAUUUAUGGCCAAUGAAUACACUUUGUUUAGAAUUGUCUUUGCCUUGGGAGUUGAAAAUUAGCAAUUUAAUUGGGUGUUGUUGUUAGGGAAUAGAUGCAGAACUGGCGUAUAUGACAGAAUAACGGCUAAUUAUUCCAAGGAUUCAUAGUCCAAUUUUUGAACUCCCAAUCUCUCUCAUUCAAAACGUACAACCGCUCGUGGCCUUCGCGUUAACACAAUCCUGGUCACAAACGCUAACAUGCAAUUGAAAUUAUCCACGCCUAUUUACGCCCGUGAU